GAUGGAUCACCACCGCCAUUUUUAGCCUUGAGGCUUGUAACUACCGACCGUUGGGUCUUUGAUAUGUGCGGUCGGUGUCGCUAUGUUUCAAGCCGUCUUCAGUCUCACCGACUAGGUUGGGUCAACUUGAACCAGCCAAGAGCUCCUUCGUCAUGACGUUGCCAUGUUCCCGUAUCUCAAAGCGCUCAUCUUCUUGCCACGGCCUGGGCCACAUCGAGACGUUGUACGUUGUGCGAUUGAUCUUGUCCUUCGUUUCGUUAGCUGGAAAGAACACUUACGAAAGCGGUCGAAGUUCUAUUCGGAACAGACGAUUCGAAAGGCUCGAGCUCGGGCGAAGAGAUAAUGCCGGACACGUAGAAAGUGUGGCGCGCACGACGGCUCAUUGGCUAAUCUCUGGACACCCCAAUGCCGGGUCUAUCAGAAAUGGCAAUCAUCCGCCUGCCAUCUCACAGGGUACGGCUCAGGAUUCUCUUGGGAGAAACCAACCCAUUCUCGGUGCUCGGUUAGAUGUGAUCUGGACGAUAUAUACAUGCAGCCCUCUACCGUAUUGUCCAUCACCGACAUUUUUCGCAUUAGUAUCAAUCAGUUGUCUACAUUGCCGCUGCAAACAAGAGGAGCUGCAUGGCACAAGACUCUGUUCUUUACAAGUUGUUAUUCUAACGUAGUGCCGCAAACCUUGUAGCGGCCGUACAUUGUCGCAGUCUGUAUCUGAGUGCCGACACUAUGUCGAGCUCAAGAUCAUGCAAUACUCACCAUAAUCGAUAAUAGUUGGAACAUCGACACUAUAUACGUCUGACGUCGGAGAUGGUCUAAAAAUGGGCGCGACGGGCGGCUGUGCGGGAAUCUCCAACUCACAUUAAGUCAAGGGCCAC